CGUGACGUGGUGACGCUAUUCGAUAUAUAGUAGAAGCCAGAAUUUCUUCUCCGUCCUUUCUCUGAAAAAAGAGGUGAAGAAAACUUCCAGAAUCCCGCCACUUGCAGCCUUUUCUUCGCCUGCCGAUUGCUUUCGAAGAGGCUCGUGGAUGGGCAAUUUACUGCUAAAGAUCCUCGUCGCAAUCGCGAUCUUCUCAUUUUCUUUUCCGAGCUCGUUAUCUCUGCCGUUUAUCGUCAUACAUGGAAUUGGCGACGCAUGCGGUAAUCGGGGGAUGAAGCAAUUCACAGAGCUACUGAGCGAGUGGUCUGAUUCUCAAGGAUACUGUUUGGAAAUUGGAAAGGGUGCAGUGGACUCAUGGGUUUUGCCCCUUCAGAACCAGACAGAUAUUGUUUGUGAAAAGGUGAAGGAAAUGAACGAACUGAGUGGAGGUUUUAACAUUGUUGGCCUUUCUCAGGGAAACUUGAUAGCUCGAGGGAUAAUUGAACUUUGUGAUGGUGCACCACCAGUGGAAAAUUUCAUCUCCUUGGGUGGCCCUCAUGCUGGUACAGCUUCGGUACCACUUUGUGGCUCAGGAAUUUUCUGUGUGAUUGUUGAUGCACUCAUUAAAGCAGAGAUCUACAGUGAUUAUGCGCAGGAACACCUUGCUCCUAGCGGAUAUCUUAAAAUUCCUACUGACAUGUCUCACUACUUGGAAAGAUGCCGCUUCCUUCCAAAGCUCAACAAUGAACGUCCGAAUGAGAGAAAUGCUACAUAUAAAGAAAAGUUUAGUGGACUAAAAAAUUUAGUUCUUAUCAAGAAUGAGCAAGAUAGUGUUCUGAUUCCUCGAGAGACAUCCUGGUUUGGAUAUUAUCCUGAUGGUGCCUUUAGUCCUGUUCUACCUCCACAACAGACCACGCUAUACAUUGAAGACUGGAUCGGUUUGAGAGCUCUGGAUGAAGCCGGGCGUGUGAAAUAUGUCAGCGUACCAGGAGGCCAUCUUGGAAUAUCAAAGAGUGACAUGAAAAAGUACAUGGUGCCAUAUCUAAAAGACGAGUCUUCCACUCAGCCCCAGCAGAUCUCAAGCUGGGCUGCUUCAGUUUGGGACAAAACUCUCUAUAAAGUUGGUUUGCAGGAUAAUAGCGCUCCAUUAUCGCCCUUAAGUCUCAGUUUGGAUGAACUGAAGGUAUAGCCAUUUUACAGCUCUGUAGCUUCUGGGCGUCUUCAUUUAUGUGAUUAAAUAGUCUCUCUACAUGGUCAUUGGCCCUUUACUGCAUUGUAAUAUGUAAUAUGUAUUGGUGUGAAGCGCUCUUGUGUGUUAAACUCACGGGAGCAGCAAUCAAUGACAUUAGUACCUAUAAUACAAUACAAAGUGUAGCUGCAGCUAAAGCUGCACACCAUAUCUAUAUUUCCUAAACCCUAAACUGUCAGAAGAAGUGAUCGGUCCCAUGUCUUGCUCAGUUUGAUAAUUGUCUCUAGUUACAGUCA